CGCUAUAACAAGUCGACGGUUCGCGUGUUUGUUGACAGUCAGUCCCGGCGGCGUCGUGACAUAGAGGAGACAUUUGUGUGGAAAAGGCUUCUGUGGCAUUUAAUACAUCAUGAGUUCCAUCGGUACUGGGUAUGAUCUUUCAGCCUCACAAUUUUCGCCUGACGGCCGAGUGUUCCAAGUAGAAUAUGCUCAAAAAGCAGUUGAGAACAGUGGAACUGCUGUUGGCUUACGCUGCAAAGAUGGUGUUGUGUUUGCUGUAGAGAAGAUUAUUACCUCAAAACUGUAUGAGCCUGGGGCAAAUAAGCGUAUCUUCACUGUGGACACACAUGCAGGCAUUGCUUGCGCUGGAUUAUUAGCUGAUGCUCGUGCUAUUGUUGAUGUAGCCAGAAUUGAAGCUUCUAAUUACCGUGCCGAGUAUGGAAUGCCCAUCCCUUGCAUGCUGUUGGCGGAACGAGUUAGCACCUACCUUCAUGCUUAUACCCUCUACUCUGCUGUACGACCAUAUGGCUGCUCUGUAAUGAUUGGUGCCUUUGAUAAGGAUGGACCACAGCUUUACCUCACAGAUCCAGCUGGCAUGUGUAAUGGUUUCUUUGGGUGUGCAGUAGGCAAGGCCAAGCAGAAUGCCAAGACAGAAAUCGAGAAGUUGAAACUCAAAGAUUUAAGCUGCAAGGACUUAGUGAAAGAAGCUGCAAAAAUCAUCUACCUUGUCCAUGAUGAAGUAAAAGACCGUCACUUUGAGUUGGAACUGUCCUGGGUGUGCAAAGAGUCUGGGGGCCGUCACCAACGCGUUCCAAAGGAACUGUACGAGGAGGCGGAAAGAUAUGCUAAGGCAGCCCUGGUAGAGGACUCAUCAGAUGAGGAUGAAGAGAUGUAGGAGUGAACAAGUGGGACUUACAAGAGGCAGGAGGAAAUAAAGCAAAUGAUGUAUUUUUGCCUUUUUUUUUUUUCUUUUUAAUUAUUUGUGAAGACUUAGGUGAUAUUAAACAAGAUUUCUGGUAAGAUGGAGUCUUGGGUACGUAAUUGUUUGGUCACUGCUGAAAUAAACAGUUACUCCAUGCAUAAAAUAUUUUGUAUUAACACAUCCCCCUUUUAUAACAAAAAAUCUUGUGAAUUUGAAGACCGUUUUGAAUGAUAUACCCUCACUGAAUAUGACUUGCUUUUGGGAUCAUAAUUCUUGUUGGAGAGUGGUCUGUCGACAUUGAUAAACGGAAUUGUUCAGAAUCAUCCCAGACUGGUAUCUGAUUUAUUGAUUAUGUGAAACUUCAGACAACAGGAAUUCUACACUGGUUAUAAUGAAAGGAAGUUAGAUCAUGCUAAGUUAAAACAAUAUUUUCUGUUUGUGUGAAUGAAUAAAUUUAAUAAGUA